UCCCUCUCUAGAACCUUCUUCAUUCGAGUACCACACGACACGAACAAAAACCGAUCUGGUCAACAAUUUUGCAGAAUGGAGGAAGUUCAGGAGCCUCAAAACCAACCAUCACAAGGUCAAGAAGUAGAAAAUGAGAUCAUCACUGAAAGUUCAGCAUUUGUUAAAGGAGAACCUGCAGAAGAAUUUACUAGUAGCCCCCCAAAAGUUGAUUCUGAAGCUGAAGUCCUUCACGAGAAGGUCACCAAACAAAUAAUUAAGGAAGGUCAUGGCCAGAAACCAUCCAAAUAUUCAACUUGCUUCUUUCAUUACAGGGCAUGGUCUGAGAGCACUCAGCACAAGUUUGAAGACACAUGGCAGGAGCAACGGCCAAUUGAGAUGGUUUUAGGAAAAGAGAAGAAAGAAAUGACUGGCUUGGGCAUUGGUGUGGCAAGCAUGAAAGCUGGGGAGCGAGCAUUGCUGCAUGUGGGCUGGGAAUUAGGAUAUGGAAAGGAAGGAAGUUUUUCUUUUCCAAAUGUUCCUCCUAUGGCAGAUUUAGUUUAUGAAGCUGAGCUUAUUGGCUUUGAUGAAAUAAAAGAAGGGAAAGCUCGCAGUGAUAUGACUGUGGAGGAAAGGAUUGGAGCAGCAGACAAAAGAAAGAUGGAUGGAAAUGCUUUGUAUCAGGAAGAAAAACUAGAGGAGGCUAUGCAACAGUAUGAAAUGGCCAUAGCAUAUAUGGGAGAUGACUUCAUGUUCCAGUUGUUUGGGAAGUAUAGAGAUAUGGCUCUGGCUGUAAAGAAUCCUUGCCAUCUUAACAUGGCAGCCUGUUUGAUUAAGCUGAAUCGCCAUGAAGAAGCUAUAGGACAAUGCAGCAUUGUGCUGAGUGAGGAAGAGAACAAUGUGAAGGCAUUAUUUAGGCGAGGCAGGGCUAGAGCAGCACUUGGGCAAACAGAUGCUGCCAGGGAAGAUUUUCUAAAAGCACGUAAACAUGCCCCUGAAGAUAAAGCAAUUGCAAGAGAAUUGAGGUUGCUUGCUGAACAUGACAAGGCUGUUUAUCAAAAGCAGAAAGAGAUCUACAAAGGAAUAUUUGGACCAAGACCUCAACCAGUACCUCAGCAAACAAAUUGGGUGAUACUUAUUUGGCAGUCGUUGCUUGCAGUAUUUUAUCGGCUUAUCGCGCUGUUCAAGCGGGGGAGGCUUAAAUCUGACUAAUUGAACUCUUGAACAAGAAAUCCAUUGCUGAGUUGACAAUUGUUUACGUGCAUCAUAGGAAAGGCCACGUCUUGUGCAACCAAGGGAAUAAUUAUACUUUUUCUACUUUCCUUUGCUUGUGGAACAAUCAAAUGUUGAAAAAACAAUGGUGAUUUCACUCUUCUCUAUAGAGGAGUCAUGUUUGACAAUACUAUCAGACUGUUCUUUUGUUACACUUCCAUAUAGUUUGGUAGAUUGGGUGGAAGCUUUUUGUUGUUUAAGUGGAUCUGUGGUAGUAGAAGAAAAUAAAUUGAAAUGGGAAAUGAUCAGUGUUGCUGAAAUCAGAUAACUUUUUUUCAGAAAGUUUGUAGUAUGCCUUUGAAUUAAUUGAUCAUUAAGAAGAUCCGCCACUAGGAUAUUUUAAAUUUAACUACGUAUUUGUUUUAUAUAAUGCUCAAGGAGCCUAAGGAAAUAAUUUUAAAAUCAAUGAUGUAAUUGUAUCGUAUUUAAUAGCAUGCCCGUGUAGCAUGGUUAAGUGAAAGACCAUGAAAAUUGAAGAACAAUUGAAGGAAAAUUGCUCUCACUGUAACGUUUUACUGCCUAUAAAUGUAGAAUUGCUUCAAUUUUGC